AACCAGCUUCCUGAUCGAUCUUUGCGAUUCUUUCCCAGAUGGAUGAACUAUACUUGACCUUUCACUUCUCAUCUCUCAUGGUGUUGGUGUUCCAUGUUUUCCUAACACACGUCUGUGAAGGUCAGUCUGAACUGAUCGGUUCAUCUCAGCCAAUAGUAACAACUCUUGGUGGAGAUGUGGUUUUACCAUGUUACCUGCAGCCUGCUGAAGACGUCACUGACUGGACGUUGGAGUGGGCGAGACCUGAUCUGGAGCCCAGAUUUGUUCACGUUUGGCGCUCCCAACAGGAACUUGUUGGUCAAAACCAUGAUUUGUUUACAGGGAGAACAUCUCUGUUCAUUGAUGAGCUGACGAAAGGAAACAUUUCACUGAAACUCUCCAAAGUGAAACUCGCUGAUGAGGGAAAAUACAAAUGUUUUAUUCCAUCACUGGAAAAGGAGACUUUUGUCCAGCUACAUGUUGCAUCAGCUCCUGUCUCCUCACCCGUCAUCAGUUUAUCAGGGAUGGACAGAGACAGGUAG